AUGCAUCCGUGUGUUCAUGAGAAGGCAUAUGGUCACAUAGAUAUUUUUGUGUCAAACGUGGCAGUUAAUCCAAUAGUGGAUAACAUUUUGGAUUCCCAAGAGCAGGUUCUUGAUAAACUCUGGGAAGUUAAUGUUAAAGCAGUUAUUCUUCUUCUGCAGGUUGCUGCUCCCCCCUUGAAAAAGGGAUCAUCUGUUAUUCUAAUAUCUUCAAUUGGAGGUUAUUUUCCACCUGCAAAAAUGGCCAUGUAUGGUGUCACAAAGACAGCUCUUCUUGGGCUUACGGAGGCCCUUGCAGCUGAGAUGAGUCCCGACAUUCGCGUUAACUGCAUAGCUCCUAGGUUUGUACCCACUCAUUUUGCCGAUUUCAUCACAAGAACCAAAACAGUUCAACGGGAGAACCUUAUUUAUAGGGUGCUAAGUCGGUCGUUUAGUGGAAUCUGGAAGCAUCAAGGCUUGGUUGGUGCUGACUUCAAGAUAAUGCUGUAUAAAGUCGGUGAUAAAGCUUCCUUAUAUUGGCGAUGAUUCAAGUGCCUUCUAGAAGCUCCGAAUGAUGAUGUUCUUCAUUCCUCCCCUCAACACCGAUUUCCCUUGAAUUGAUGCUUUUCUCAGUAUUCCUAGUUGUGCAUGUAAAUCUUUA